AGCGGCCAUAAAAUCUAUGAAAAAGCUCGUCAUCGGCUCCAGAACCGGGGGCCAACCGGAUCCGGACAAGCUGGCAAAGGCCAUUUUGCUGUUUCGAAACGCCCCGCGUUAUGGUGGGGCCUCCCCGGCCCAGCUAGUGUUCAACCGGCCCAUCCGUGACAGCUUGCCCGCCCACCGACGAUCUUUCGCCCCCGAGUGGCAGAGGGCAGCUGACGUUCUGGAACAGCGGAUGCAUCGCGCAUUGGCGCGAACAACAUCCCGCUAUAACGCCACCGCUCAUCAUUUAGCCGCAUUCCCGCUUGGCGCUCAUGUGCUCGUACAGCAUCACGCGACAAAGCGAUGGGACACCCCCGCCGUCGUCGUAGAGGUAGGCGACAACCGCGACUACAUCGUCAAAACGGCAUCAGGACGCCUAUACCGCCGAAACCGCCGCCUACUCCGCCAACGCGUGGUGGUCAUGCCGGGAACCGCGGUACCGACGAACGUCCCAGCCCAAAUCGCCCCAGCUCCAGCCCCGGAGCCAGACAUCGAGCCGCGCCAGAGACAACAACGUCGGCCCAGGAACUACGGCCCGGCAACUCGACGUUCAGCCAGAACACACAGCGCCCCGCUUCGCUACCCGGCCUAGCGCCGGAACACGCGAGCUGCAACACGGGUUUUUCUUUUUUUUUUAACCCCCCCGCUCCGUCUAUGUUGUUUUGUCCCCCUUCGUCUCAACAAACCAGCAUUCUCAUUUCGGCUCCUUUUAUUAUUCAUGCCCCCCGCCUCAAACCUAGUAUGGCUACCAGGCCAUGUAUGUAUCCAAACGCUAUGUGUCCCUCAAACCAUUCUCAUCCGUUUCCCUCGCCAAUUGAAGCCUCAAAAAAAAAAAAAAAAAAAAAAAAAAAA